GGCGGCCCGGGCGGAGCGGCGGACACAGGUCCCAGGAAGGUGGCGUCAGCAUCUGCAGCCGCGUCGACGUAGUCGGAACCUCCGCGGGGGACCCAGGAGAGCCGGACCAGGACCAGGGCCCCGGGCCUGCCCACACUUCCCAUGGAGAAGCCAACAGCCUCAACAGAGCCCCAAGGGCCUCGGCCGGUCCUGGGCCGCGAAAGUGUCCAGGUGCCUGACGACCAGGACUUCCGUAGCUUCCGGUCAGAGUGCGAGGCCGAGGUGGGCUGGAACCUGACCUACAGCAAGGCCGGUGUGUCUGUGUGGGUGCAGGCGGUGGAAAUGGAUCGGACUCUGCACAAGAUCAAGUGCCGGAUGGAAUGCCGUGAUGUGCCAGCUGAGACGCUCUACGACGUCCUACACGACAUUGAGUACCGAAAGAAGUGGGACAGCAACGUCAUUGAGACAUUCGACAUCGCCCGUUUGACAGUCAACGCUGACGUGGGCUAUUACUCUUGGAGGUGUCCCAAGCCCCUGAAGAACCGUGAUGUCAUCACCCUCCGCUCCUGGCUCCCUAUGGGCACUGAUUACAUCAUUAUGAACUACUCAGUCAAACACCCUAAAUACCCACCUCGGAAAGACUUGGUCCGAGCUGUGUCCAUCCAGACGGGCUACCUCAUCCAGAGCACGGGGCCCAAGAGCUGCGUCAUCACCUACCUGGCCCAGGUGGACCCCAAAGGUUCCUUACCCAAGUGGGUGGUGAAUAAAUCAUCUCAGUUCCUGGCUCCCAAGGCCAUGAAGAAGAUGUACAAGGCAUGCGUCAAGUACCCCGAGUGGAAGCAGAAGCAUCAGCCACAUUUCAAGCCGUGGCUGCACCCGGAGCAGAGCCCGUUGCCCAGCCUGGCACUGUCGGAGCUGUCGGUGCAGCACGCGGACUCGCUGGAAAACAUCGACGAAAGUGCGGUGGCAGAGAGCCGGGAGGAACGAGUGGGUGGCGCAGGCGAGGGCAGUGACGAUGACACCUCGCUCACCUGAGCACAGCACUGCUGCAUGGAUGGAGACAGGACUGGAGCGGAGCCCUGGGGUGUGGACCAUCCUGCACCCUCUCCCCUCCCCCCACCCGACUUCCUGGGGACCCCAGGCCUGGCUCCCUGCACUUUGGCCUGGCCGGACACAGCCCCAAUAAAAGAUCCCACAGCCUCA